GAAUCAAAUUUCAAUUAUCAUUUCAUUUUAGACGAAACUAAUAACGAAAAUUUAUUCCCAAUUGAAGAACUCAGAGAUUGUGCAUGUAAAAGAGAAAGAGAGAAAAAAUUGAAAUUUAAAGCUAAUCAGUAAGGUGGAUCCUAGAAAUACAUCAAAGUCAGAUUAUUAUCAGACACUAUCUACAAGAUCAGCAAUAGUAAUUACACUGACAAAUGAAAAGAAACACAAUAAUUUAUUAUCAGAAUCCCUGUAACAUACAUUACUCAUUUUAAUUAAUUAAAUCACAUUUAGUCAAUAAUAAUUAUAUAACAUGUUCCCAUGUUUGGGAUUUUACUUUGAUUAACUAUGACAAUACAAACUCAUUUAGAUAUAAAUUCUAAAAUGCAUAGAAGAAAGCAAAUUACACCUAAACGAACUGAACAUACUGAUCAUACUGAACAAUAUCAAACAUUGAAAACUUGUGAAUUUUCAAAUUAUUUAACUCCUGACAUAUCUACUGGAAGCAUAGCUAACCCACCAUUAAUAUUGAUAACACCAACUUCAAGGAUGAUCAAUACUUCAGAUUGUUCAUCUACUCCAUGUUCAACAUUGUCGUCUUUAUCAUCCUCUUCAACAUCGUCAUCAUCAUGUGAACCUGAUUCAAAAAAACCAAAAAUUUCCAUGGAGCAUAAAUCACCGUCCAAAAGUGUAAGAAUACUGUCUAAACAGUUGACAGUGAGCAAAAUGGAGUUAUACCCUGAUACGUCAACAGCAACAUUAGAAGUAAAUCAACAUGUAAAACAAUGCCAAGAAAAUAUCUCAUCAACUAAUUAUUCCAUUCAACUAAAAUUGGAUAAACGUGAACAUAAUGAUUCAGUGGAGCAACAACAUUCAACCAUGGAAAUUGAUUCAUCCACACGUAAUACACCAAUAUGUAGUCAAUGUGGUAAACAAUUUGCUAAUAUUUAUCGUUUACACAGACAUUUACUUAGUCACACUGAAAGUUAUGAAUUACGCAAAUUCCGUUGUUCUCAGUGUACAAAAGCAUUUAAAUUUAAGCAUCAUUUAAAAGAACAUGAAAGAAUUCAUAGUGGUGAAAAACCAUUUAUGUGUUCACAAUGCGGUAAACGUUUUAGCCAUUCCGGUUCAUAUUCAAGUCAUAUGUCAAGCAAAAAAUGUAAUACCAAUGGUAACAGUAAUAAUGAAGCUAAAACAACAAUUACACAUACUCCUAAUGUCAGAAUUCAUCAUAACAAAAAUAUUAGCGAUGUUGGUCAAAUGUUUGCAACUAAUGAUACUCUUACGAAUCAAAUAUCUUUUAAUAAAAUAAACCAACUCACGUCAUCUUUUGAAUUACACAAAAACAAGGUAAAUGUAUUAAAUAGAGAACACGAUAUUAGAAAUAGUAUUCAUAUCAGUGAAGACACUGAACUUAGCUCUGUUUCAAGUAUAUUAGAAUCUGUCAAUCAAGUUAAUAAUUCGGAUUAUUUUUUAAAAUUUAAUCAUUUAAAACUAGAUAACUAUUUGCCAGCUAAUUCAUCGAACCAGUUUAAUUCACAGUUAAAGAAUGAUGAAAUUAGUGAGCAUGUUCACAGUACUACUACUAGUAGUAGUAUUAUUACCACUUUAAAUACCAUUGCUAAUAAUAGUACUUUACACCAUGCAGAUGAACAACCUGACGAGUUAUUAUGUAGUCAGUACGAUUUGAAAAAUUCGUCCAAAUCAGAGUUAGAAAUACAAAAUUUAGCAAUUAUGCUUGGAAUAAAACCAGAAAAUGCGGAACAAUUAUUCCAACAUCUGUAUACAACUGAACAACAUCAAUGUAUGGAACAGAAAAAACAAUUUGUCAAUGCCUACAAUACACAAUAUUCGCACUAUUAUCCAAUACAACAUGGAAAUAUAGUUACAUCUUCACCAGUGAUCUCAGUAGUCAAUAAUCAUGAAUUACUUAAUCGUCAACCGAAGUCGUUCAAUAAUGACAGUUUUACCAAGUAUGAAAGUUAUAAAGUCGAUAAUUAUGCUUCGAACUCAUUAUCAUCCUCUGCCUUUUUCUCUACUUUACCUUCUUUCUCACCAUUAUCAUCAUCACCUUCAAUAUCCUAUCUCGGUGUUUCUUCAUCUUCUUCAUUAUCGUCUAUAUCAGCAACAAAUAUGACAAAUUUACCAUCGACAGUGUGCUCAUCUAAUUAUUCACAACAGGAUCCAUCGAUGAUAUUCUGUCAACUAUCUCCAGAUAUCAUGAAACAUAUAAUUUCGAAUUUACACAGAAAUAAUGUAUUAAAUUACUCAACUCCAUUAUCAUCUUUUACUUAUAAACAACAGGAUUUUAAUUCACGCAUGAUGGAAACACGGCAAUCCUCACCGUCACCACCACCACCACAAUCAUCACCGUUGGAAAUGAUGAUGACAGCGGCGACGACGAAAACUGCACAACCAAUUACAUUUGUACAACAGGAGAAAGAAACGAUUUCGGAAUGCCGAAGUGAGGAGCUUCAUGAAGAUCAGGAAAAGGCUUUAGAUUUGUCAUUGCCUCGAAUAAAACCUGAUGAUAUACCAUUAAGUACAGACAAUCAACAGUUUAACUAUUCAAAUUCUUAUCAACCGGACAUUCAUAAUUCACCUAACCUAAUCUGGUCAACAUCAUCAACAAUGACAUUUAUGGAAGCGGCUACUGCAGCGGUUGCAGCUGUUUCCUUUUUAUCGCGAACAUCAAAUGAAAUGAAUUAUUCCAAUCAAAAUUUAGAACAUUUAAAUGAUAUUUCAAUAAAGGAUUUAUCACAGUCAUCUAGGUCAAUAUCACCUAACAAUUCUUCAUGGACAUAUGAACUUAACAGAAAUUGUAUUCAUAAUAUUAGUGAUAGCAGUAACGAUUGUAAAACUGAAAGAAAUAAUCAUUAUAAUACAAAUGAGUUUGACUAUUCUACUUAUAUAAAGACCACAAUGGAUAAGAGAAGCGUUGUGAAGGAACUAAGAGAUGCUGAAAAUUCAUCCACUCAAAUCAAUGAACAACAAGACACCAGUGAUCGUAUUCAAUCUGAUAAAAAGAUUAAUGGCCAUAUCAAUGAUAAUAGUUAUUAUAAUCAUUUAUAUCAUCUCAGUGUUUGUGAAAAAUUGGAGAAAUAUGGAAAAAGUAACAAUAGUUUUAAUGACAGUAUCAAUGGUAGCAUUAGUAGUUGUAGUGAUGGCGUCAAUAACACGGAAGUAUUUGCUUGUGAUCAAUGUCAAAAAGUAUUUUCUAAACAUAGUUCACUAUCCAGGCACAAAUAUGAGCAUACUGGUCUUCGGCCAUUUAUUUGUCGUAUAUGUUCCAAAGCUUUCAAGCAUAAACACCAUCUAACAGAACAUAAACGUUUGCAUACUGGUGAAAAACCAUUUGAAUGUCAAAAAUGCGGUAAACGUUUUAGUCAUUCCGGAUCAUAUUCUCAACAUAUCAAUCAUCGUUAUAAAUAUUGUCAAUCAUAAAUCAUGUUCAACGUGCCAAUGGUUUUGAUCAAUAACCUGGUUAUUUUUUAACUUUUCUUUUUCUAUGACAAUCUAGAGAAUGUACAAGUUGUGAUUGAUUUAUUUGUCUUGGCUUCUUUAAUUUAAUACUUUGGUUUUAGUUUAACACUGAUCAUGUUGUUCAUUUCCCAAAUAAUUUUCAAAAAUUCUUAAAAUUUUAAAUUAAAAAAUUAACUUCAUUUCAUAACAUAGAACUUUUGUCCCAGUUACUGACUGAAUGAUGUAAUUUCAAGAGGUUUGACUUUAACUGACUUGCGUUUGUGUCCUUCUUCCUUUCCAAGUAUUUAAAUAUUAAGUAUGAAGAGAUAAAAAAGAUUCCAUUCGUUCUUUAUUUCUCUUUCGAUUAUUACAUAUUUCGCAAACUUAUGAAAACCGUGGGCUGGAGAAUAGAAAAAAGACGUAUUCUUUAAUAUUUUCUGUAAUUUACUUCUUAUUCAGCUUAUCACUCCUCUAAUUCUUCCCCUCCAAAUUUAUGAUGUGUUUUGUCUUUUUUUUUCAGUAACCUUCAACAUUGGAUAGAACAUUAGAACAGAACAAUACAGAUGUGAUAAUGCUCAAUUACAUAAAUAUUUUUUGUACAGUUAUUGCCUACUAACCUCACAUUCUUUAUAUUACGGUCUAAUCAAUGCAUUCAACUUUUUCCCCUUAGACUUCUACCACCAAAUACAUUAUCGACGAUUUGUACCGAUUUAAUAUCGGUUCCUAGUUAGAUGUAUUCAAAUAAAUGAGUGCAUUUUUUGUGACAAAAACUUACUAGAAACAGAACAGAAAUCGGCAAAAGAUAAAUGUCUGAAACAGAAUUAUUUCCGUACAUUUAUGUUUCUCUCAUUUCAAUGAACAAUGAAGAAAAAGAAUACAUGAUUAGUGUAUAGUUUUCGUUUAUUUUUUCCGAGUUUUGAAAAAAAACAACAACUGCCAAUCAAAUGAUUUUGUAUUCUUGAAUGUAAUUCAGACUUUUUUUCAAAAUUCUAAUAUAAACUACACUACUAG